AUGGGUUUCACUUUGAACCCAUAUGAUCUAUGCGUCGCGAAUGGAAUUUUUGAGGGUAAACAGUGCACCAUAUGCUGGUAUGUGGAUGACAACAAAAUCAGUCACGUAAACCCAAAAGUGGUUGAUGACGUGAUCAAGAAAAUCGAAAGCAAGUUUGGGCCCAUGUCACAGACGAGAGGGGACAAGCAUGAUUUUUUGGGCAUGGAACUCAAGUAUAAAAAGGGAAAAUUGACCAUAGGUUUGAAAAAACAUAUUCUCAAAGCAAUAAACACUUUCGAUGAAGACAUUACUAGGAACGCAGCUUCACCAGCAAAGGGGUACCUAUUUGAUGUAUGGCCAGAUGCUCAGAAACUCGAUGAGAAGAAAGCCGACUGUUUUCACAGCGUGGUGCAAUCUUUGCUAUACGUUUCAAGAAGAUGCAGGCUUGAUAUACAGACUGCCAUCGGUUUUUUGUGUACCAGAGUUGAUUCGCCAGAUGAAGACGACUGGGCAAAGUUGAAAAGACUAUUGCAAUACCUCAGAGGAACCAUCGAUCUAGUUCGAACGUUAGGAGGAGAAGACAUCAACAGGAUGAAAUCUUGGGUUGACGUCUCCUAUGGUAUCCAUGACGAAUGCAAGAGCCAUACUGGCGGAUGCACUUCUUUUGGAUGGGGGGUCUUACUCACAAAAUGUCAAAAACAAAAGUUGAAUACUAAGAGCCCAACCGAAGCCGAAAUUGUCGGAAUAACCAGAGCGCGAUCAAAAUUGAACUAA